AUGGAUACGACGACAUCGGCGGUCUUCCAGUCCAGCUUCUCCAUUCGCUCGCUGCUCGCCGGAGCCAAGACGGAGGAAUCCACGCCGUAUGCUCCACCCAGUCCCAGCGACUCGGGGCACAGUUCCGAGGAGGCCUCCUACGACGAGGGCUCGGGCUUGGUCAGUGGUACAGCGAACUCCAGCUCCAGUUCAAGUCCCAGUCCCAGCUCCAGCUCUAGCUCCAUUGCCAGUCCCAGCUCCAGCUCCAACUCAAGUCCCGUGUCCAAGCCCGCCUUCACCUACAGCGCUCUCAUUGUGAUGGCCAUCCGGAGCAGCCCAGAGAAACGGCUCACCCUGAGCGGGAUCUGCAAGUGGAUCGCUGACAACUUUGCCUACUAUCAGAGCCACAAGAGCGUCUGGCAGAACUCGAUCCGUCACAACCUGAGCCUGAAUCCGUGCUUUGUACGGGUGCCACGGGCCCUUGACGAUCCCGGACGUGGUCACUACUGGGCCCUGGAUCCCUAUGCCGAGGAUCUGACCAUUGGCGAGACGACGGGACGACUACGACGGGGUCAAGGUGGUGCCCAGCAUUUGGCAUCUCGGACCGGUGGCAAAGCGCCGCAGGCUGCACUGCAUCACGGCGGCAAGGGCUAUGCGUCACCACAUCCCUACCAGCAGCUGCAGAUGCUCCAGUACCAGUACCAGUAUCGCCAGCAGCUGGCCAUGUACCAGAGCUAUCAGCAGCAGGCGGCAGCGGCAGCAGCAGCAGCAGCCUUCCAUCACCCGAAGCCACCGCAGCAUCAUCAUUAUCAUCAGCAGCAACACCAGCAGUACUUUAUCCGCCAGGAGGAGCAGCACCAGCAUCAGCAUCAGCUGGAACCUUAUCCCACUGGCUAUGCCGACAAGUGGACCCGACAGCCCGUGGAGCGCUUGUGGCGCUAGGACUUGGCCUCGGAUAUCCUUGACUGAGGCGAGCAUUCAAGUCCAUCGCUUGGCGUAGAACGCGGCUUGGUAUUAGGCCCAGAAACAAUCCGAAAUCAGGAGUAGGAAGAGGAGCAGGAAGAGGAGUAGAAUGAGGAGUAGUAAGAGAAGUAGAACGAGGAGUAGAA